AUGGCCCGUAAUGCGAUGCUUGCUCGCAUGGAAACGAUCUGUGCCGAAGCGAUGGAAAUUCAGCAGAAUUUUCUCGACGAUGACGACGAUCCUUCCGAUAGUGGUGAAGCAGAUGAGCUGGACGAAGAGGAGAUUCCGGAAAGCAUUCCAAGCGAUGCCGAUGACGAUACUGCGUCACAGAAGGGUAAUGAAAAUGAUGGAAAAUCCAGUCAGCCGGAUGGAAAACCAGGAAAACGGGAUGGCAAAGAAAAAGGCGUAUCAGUUAAGGUUAAUUGUGAAGAUAAAAAACAGCAACGAUAUGCGAAAUGGAUAUCGCGAGCUCUGAGAGCCGCUGUCAAUCCUAUUGUUUCCAGAUUCAAUCUUAACUUAAAAGUUAAUCUUGAUCUUAACUUGGCUAAUAAGCCAAACAGCAAUACUAAGGGAUCAAAUGAACCGACAAAUUCUAAAAAAGAGGAAGAUGAUAAAUCCAAACCUACACCCGAGCAGUCAAGAAAGCGGGUCGAAUUAGCCAGGAUAAGAGAACUCCAGAAGGAGAAUAAACGACUUGAAACUAUGUUUUCAAAAAUUGUAGCAGCAUAUUCGGAUAUGAAAAUAACCCUUACUCAGAAAACUACCGAAUUGAAUGAGCUUCAGAAUAAAUUCAGCGAAUCAGAAUCAAGAGUUUCACAGCUAUUAGUAGAUAAAGGUACUCUUGAAGGCAAACUCGCUGAUCAAAACUCUUGCAAAGAUAAACUACAAGCUGAAGUAAAACGAAUACAAACCCAAUGCUCUCUAGUACAAGAUGAAGCAAAGUUGUUGAAGAAACGAAUGGAAGAAGGCUCAACUCUUGUGGAUGAGCUACGCAAAAAACUUGCAGAACUGCAGAAGAAAUACGAUGCUCUUGUCACUCGAGCAGAGAAAGAAUCAGCAGAGCAUGGACGCAUAAUCGACUGUAAGCAAACUGACAUCGCACAACUAUCUGAUCAGCUAAAAAAACUCGAAGAGGAAAACCAAUCUUCUGAAAGUAAGUUUCAAUCAGCACUACAGGAGCAAAUGCAGCAACGCACACAAUUAGAACUGAGGAAUGUAGAACUUAUGCAACGAAAUCGAGAGCUCGGUUCGGUUUCAAGCAGAAGUGCUUCCAAAAUGGAAGAACACACCACCAAGGUAUAUUCCACAUCAAACGCGGCGUCUAGUUUUUCCUGCCCAUUGUGUGAAACCGUGUUUGGAAAAUUGGGUGAUUUGCAAAUCCACAUCGAACACUGUGGGAUAUGA